CGCUGCCAAGCGCCGCUGCCGAGCUGCCGAGCCAAGCCAGCCCAGCUGGUUCGCCAGGCGAAUCACCGGCGUGGCUCGUGGGUGCUGGCUAUGAGAACCCAGUCGGAGGAUCAGUCACCACCGUCGGAUGAGCGGCCGAAGUGCGUCUAUGUGCUCCGGGCCGCUCUCCUGGUGCUGGUUAUCGCGCUGGCGAUAUUCGCGGCAAUCCUCUACCGCGAUGUCAUGCUGCCGCUGAUGCGCAACGAGGCUCGCGUGGAGUUGUGCUCUUUCCGCAUCUGCGGGCCCAGCCUGGCCGAGGCGCACAUCCAGAUGCCGCUCGGCGCAAACAGCUCGACUGAGGAGCUGCGCGGCGACUGGGCUGCGCGAGGGUUCGAGGCGUGCGCCCGCUCGGUGGAGGCGCUGGCCGUGCGGUCCGGCUCGAUCGCGGCCGAGGUGGACGUGCUCGCCUACAACCCGACCUCGCUCUCGCUCCUCUCCACCAUGGCACGCGCAGACAUCGUCCUUGAGAGCGAGGUCGGCUCCUUUGGCUCGCGCGCGAAUGUGAGCGCGGCGAUCGCGGCCGGCGCCCUGAUGUCGUGCGCGGUGCCGCGGCCGUUCGUCCUCCCUCCCCUCUCGUGGCGGACCGUGACGCUGCACUGCCGCAUCCCGACCUCGAGCCGCGUCGCCGCCGAGCUCUCCGCCUUCGCCUCCACCGGGACUGUGCGGGCAGGCGUGGUGGCGAGGGGCGCCCUCCUGCCGGCGGCGCUGCCGUGGCUUCCCGCCCUGGGCGUGCCGCCCGCCGAGGUGGAGCAGAGGACGGUCCAGAGGGCCGGCUCGCCCCACCAGCAAGGCGCCUUCCCUCCGGGCUUGAGCGAGCCCUGCCCCGCCCACUGCCACAGCCAGCCUGCCGGAGGCGUGGCCGGCGGCGGGAAGGCCUUGCUGUGCGAGAGCAGCGGCUGCGCGGCGUGCGAGGAGUGUGCGCUCGUCGAGGAGGAGGCAGCGGCGGAGGAGGAGGAGAGCGGCGGGGAGGAGUGCCGCUGCGACCGCUCUCACCCUCAGUGCGGGCGAGAUGGCUGGUGCUACUCGUGGUUCAACGAGAACCCGGACUCCGGGUGCGGCUCCUUCUCCGCCAGCUGCACCGACUCGUGCGUCGGAGAGUGCCUCCACGCCUCGCCCGCCCCGGCCGCACCGCCGACGCCGCCCGGACUCACGCUGAUGGGCUUUGGCCGGCGGAGGCGCACCGAGGAGGAGGGCGAGGAGGGGCGACGGCACUCCUCGCGGCGGCGCUCCCUCGAGGCGGGCGAGGCGGGCGAGGCGGGGAGGGCGGCGGUCUGGGAGAAGCUCGAGGCGCAGAGGCGGGUCGCCCGCUGCUCCGGCGUGCACGAGCAGGAGCGGAUGGCGAAUCUGACCGCGCUGCACGUGGGCGAGCCGGUCGUGCAACAAAAGGAGAAGGUGUUCUUCGAGCUGCUCGUGCGGGCCGCAAAUUGCGCCUUCUCGGCGGACGAGAUCGCCGCCGCGACGGAGGAGCUGAGCGACCACGUCGACGCCGUGGCGGAGCACUGGGGCGAGGGCGUGCAAGACGUGGUCGACGGCAUCUCUCACAUCGCCGCCACCAUCACGCACACGCCUCGCCCUCCGCCGCUCCCUUCUCUCCCUCCGGUGCCGCCGCCGCCGCCGCCGCCCUCGCCGCUGCCCUCGCCGCCUCCGCCGCCUCCGCCGCCGCCCUCGCCGCUGCCGCCGCCGCCGCAGCGGCCGCCGGCGUCGCCUCGGCCCCGGGAGCCGACGAGGCAGCGCGCCGACGUGUUCGACGACUUUUUCGAGGGCAUCUUCCCGCACGUGGGCGAGUCGGACGAGGCCGCCGGCGACUCGUCCCGCCAGCAGCCGCAGGGCCUUCUCACCGUCGCCACCCAGGACCUCCUCCUCUCCAUGCUGCCCACCGGCUGCACCGCGGCCGGGCUGAUGCAGACGGAGCUCGCCCUCUCUCUCUCGCUCGGCCUCACCAACCCGACCGCCUUCCCCGUCCUCCUCUCGCCCGCAUCGAGCGCCGCGAUCCGCGAGGUGACGCCCGCCGGCGCCCUCCGUCUGGUCGGCGAAGCGCGCUUCGUCGACGAGUCGCUCUCUCUCCCGCCGCACUCGUACCGGCGCGCGCUCGUGGUGGUGGACUUCCGCUACCUCGUCGCGCGGCUGGGCAUCGACCACGAGAUCCGGCACGACGACGCGCGCUUUGGCGCGACGCACACGCCGCAGAUCAUCGACGCUCUCGUGCGCGCCGACCUCCUGAUCGACCUCUCCCUCGUCGUCUCGGUGCUCGGCAUCGAGUUGAAGGUGCGGCUGCCGCAGGCGGGAAGGGUACGCAUCCGUGACACCCGCGGCGAGAGCCGCCCCGGCGAUGAGGACGAGGAGGAGGACAAGCCGGUGGCACGAGGCGGGCUGGCGCGGCAGGCAAAUGCGACCGCCGUGUACCGAUUCGGGGGACCGCGAGAUAGAGAUAGGUAGUGAAGUGUGCAUGACUGUCAGAAAUUAAGGACCCAGCCCCCCCGCUCAUUUACCCAUCCCAGCUGUCCCUUUUUAGUUACCAGCUGCCACAGGCACAGCGGGGCAGGGCACACACAAGGACGCUCCCCUCUAACCUCUAAGAGUAGAAACAGACAUGGCACACAUGCCGAUGUGAGCGCGAUGAGCGAACGUGCGAUGUGCGAUGUGGCCCUCCAGGGGUGUCCAGCCUCACAUGAGGCUGAAAGCGCCGUAGCCUGCGGCUUCGGCAGCCUCCUCGUACGACGCUGCAAUCGCGUGCGCUUCGGAUAUGCCAAGCCCUCUCGGCGACGCCUCGUCGAUUGGAGGCGUCGCCUGGCCAGCCACCUCAUCGUCCGCACUGACAUCACCACCGCCGGCAGCACCCUCGGCGAUCGCCUACAAGCGACAGAAGAAGGGAUGGCAGAAGCGUGCCGUGUUGCUCCUGAACUGUUGAAGGCGCGCCGCGGGCUUUACUGAGGAAAGAAGAGACCCGUCCCGCACCAUGUCGAUGCGGUUGAUUCUGACCUGCAGGCAUGGGAUGUCGAGCAGCAUUUAGCGGCAAAAUGUGAAUCGUCCCUCGGCGCCAUGCUCGGCUCGAGUGGGCAUCUAGAC